UAAACGUUAGAUACUUCUUUCAAUUUGAAUGCUUCAGCUACUGUCAUAUGUACCUUAUUAGUGUAGGCAUGUAAGAAGAAAGAACCGUACGGCUAGAGGAAGGAAUGCAUUCGUCCAAGAUCGUCGUCGUACUAUGUAGUUUUUGGCGUACUUCAUCUCCCCGACUCACAUUUCUCCAUCCCUCAAAGAUUCCACAAUUCCUAUCUACCUAAAAGUAGAUUCUUGCCUCUUUGGAUUCGUACCACACAUACGUAUUUGUAUUCCCCUCUUACCUUAUGUAUGUAUUCGUCUUCCUUUGGCUUAUCUCGUUGUACGGUAUCCCGCCCUAGGCUUCGGUUCUUUACAUGCAAUCUUUCCCGUCCCCAGUAGAAUAUUCCACUAGGUAUCCUUUCUAUUGCCUUUUUCUCAUUGGAAUCCAGAAGAACCCCUAGUUCUCUUCCUAUUCUUCCUACUUUUCUCAGCUAUGCUGUCCUUACGGUGAUAAAGAGAAAAAGGGCUCUCCCAUGUUUCCAUCCAAGGUCCCCCGCGUUUUUGUCCUCGCCAGCGCCGUGCUUUUGUUCCUCGUCACCUAUACGACCCUCCAUCUGUAUCAUCGUGUCCCGCCCUCAUAUCCAGCGGCGGAUCCUCAAAUUCUUCCGAUCAAAGAUGCAAUAACCCCAGAGGGGCAGUCAGAUGCCAACCAUGUCGUAGCAGCAGAUAUUACUGCUGGCACCUUAACCCCGGCUAUCAUUACUCCUACGCCGAGUCCUACUAGUAAAGACGAAGAGCCAGCCUGGAAGCUAAAAAAUGGCAAUGCACUCUCUCAACCGCCAGCUCAGCCCACUAUCCUCAGUGAUGAUACUGCCGCAGGGGACAGAUCUGGAGAAGAGGAGCAUCAACAACCGCUUCCUGAUCCCAAGCUCUGUUCUGAAGAGUUAGAGUUUCUGGUGCGCUCUAGCAUCGAUCUGGAAUUAACCGAGCGCGUGCACUACGUCCGCCGCUACAUCAAGCCCAUAUUUUCCGAUACCGUCAACAGAGACGAUGUCGUCAACAUCACAGAGCCUCUUGUUAAAGGCGAGAUAGAAGUCGAUCUAUAUCAAUGCGGAAAUGUCAUAAUUCCUCAGUUUGAGCCAAUCAAAUUAGUUGUCCCGAAGCCUCAUCCGAAGACCACGUUUGCUCACCUUAUGUUCGGUGUGGCGACAGAUUACAAACGUCUCAAUGACUCGAUCGUCCCUUUCACUCAUUGGAUUUCUGGUACUGGCGCUAAGCUCGUCGCCGUCGUCACAGAUGCUAAAGAGAAAUCGCCUGAAGAUAUAAAGCGACUACAGCGCAGUUUUGAGAUAGCUGAUGUCGAUGUGACUUUGGUGAGGCCUAUUAGUGGGGACUUCUCGACAUCGCAGAAUCAUUUUGCUGUCCUAAUAAAUAUGCUCCAACAAGAUAGUCCCGAUACCCAGUGGUAUGGUCUCAUAGACGACGAUACUUUCUUCCCGAAUUUGAAACCUCUCUCGGACAGUCUCGCCACUUUGGAUCACAAGACCGAUGCUUACGUCGGCGCUCUCUCAGAAGACUUCCAGUCUGUCCGGAGCUUUGGUUUCAUGGCGUUCGGCGGCGCUGGUGCGUUCCUAUCGGCUCCGCUCGCCAAAAAGCUUAGUGACCAAGCUCUCCGGUGUAUCCACGACGCAACUACCAAAGAGGGAGAUACUAUCCUUCGGGACUGUGUAUACUCUAACUCCAAAGCCAAGCUCACUAUUCUACCAGGUCUAUACCAGCAGGAUUUAAGGGACGAUGCUAGCGGGUUUUUCGAAGCUGGAUUAAAGCCUUUAAAUCUUCAUCAUUGGAAAAGUUGGUAUAAGGCACCUGUCGAGAAGAUGGCAAAAUCUGCCAAGCUUUGUGGAGAUUGUUUCUUGCAGCGCUGGCGGUUCGGUAAUGAUACGGUGUUCUCAAAUGGAUUUUCUAUUGUGAAAUACCCAGACGGUGUGGAGUCGGUCAACCUACAAUUGAUGGAGGGCACGUGGGGUAAAGCUGACAGCAAAGACUUCGACUUUAGCCUUGGUCCGCUCAGGCAACCCUACCCCGCGGAUCAGAAGAAGAGCUAUAAGCUGAGAGGAGCCGAGUUUACGGAGAGUGGGGAUCUAAGGCAGUUGUAUGUGCGUGUUGCGGAUACUUCUAAGGAUGGAGAUGACCUCGAUCAGGUGAUCGAACUGAUAUGGCAAAGGCUUUAAAUAGCAGGCGUUAAGGGAGGCGGCGCAUACAUGGUAUCGGAUUAGACGGUUUGCUUUGGCGUACAUCUUUGGUCUAUAUAAGUCUUCAAGUCGGGAUGGCGGCAUUGCAUAUAUACUUGUAUUUGAGUAUUAUUACCCAAUGAGCUCCGCGAGAAAUUCAAUAUUAUGAUUCACUAGUGGCUAACUCUUAAGAUAUCCAACGUAUAGAACGCGAU